CGGUAGGUUAGCUGUUGUCGGUCUGUCAGCCAGAGACACCGGAGGGAGAACGGCUCUGAUCACCGGGAGAAGUAACGGAACCGCUGUACGUGAUAUCCCCUUACUUGAACUAGAAGCAACUGUACGUGAACUGAUUGGACUGCAUAAUCCCUCUUGGACAGCAACACGCUACUCUGAUCGACUGACCGCCGAGUGACUAGCUAACAGACAGAUUGACACUUUGACCAGCCAGGGCUUCGGAUAAAUGGCUGACAAGCAGAUCAGUUUGCCUGCCAAAUUGAUCAAUGGCGGGGUCGCUGGCCUGAUUGGAGUGACCUGUGUGUUUCCCAUUGACCUGGCCAAGACCCGCUUGCAAAACCAGCAAAAUGGAUGUCGCCUUUACACCAGCAUGUCAGAUUGCCUUAUUAAGACCAUCCGGUCAGAGGGGUAUUUUGGGAUGUACCGAGGUGCUGCGGUGAACUUAACACUAGUCACGCCGGAGAAAGCCAUCAAAUUGGCUGCCAACGACUUCUUCAGGCAUCACCUCUCCAAGGAUGGAAAACUCACUCUGCUCAAAGAGAUGCUGGCUGGGUGCGGGGCAGGUACAUGCCAGGUUAUUGUUACAACUCCUAUGGAGAUGCUGAAAAUCCAGCUCCAAGAUGCUGGACGAGUUGCGGCUCAGAGGAAGCUGAUGCCAGAGACGGUGGCGGCAGGUACUGUGGAGGCCAAGUCUCAAACAGCCAUGCAGCUCACCAGAGAACUGUUGAGGGAAAAGGGUAUUGCUGGGCUGUAUAAGGGACUUGGUGCCACCUUGCUCAGGGAUGUUCCUUUCUCCAUUAUCUAUUUCCCCCUCUUUGCCAACCUGAACAACCUGGGCAAAAGAGGCGUAGACGGGCCCGCUCCCUUCUACGUGUCGUUUUUUUCGGGCUGCCUUGCGGGGAGCACAGCGGCUGUUGCUGUCAACCCUGUUGAUGUGAUAAAGACCAGGCUGCAGUCGCUGAACCGAGGAAGCACAGAAGACACGUACAGCGGAGUGACUGACUGCAUCAGGAAAAUCAUGCGUAAUGAGGGACCAUCAGCCUUCCUGAAGGGAGCCUACUGUCGAGCCUUGGUCAUUGCACCUCUGUUCGGCAUCGCCCAGGUGAUCUACUUCUUGGGCGUGGGUGAAUUUAUUCUCAGCUUUUUGCCUAAAAAAGACAACUAAAAGAAGCACAUCCUUACUGCCUUUCCCUCCCACAAUGCAUCACGCCAACAGCGUUCAUCUCAUCCUGAAAGAAAUUUCCAAUGGGUCAAAGUGUGACCGAUCACUACAUGUUGUUUUUGAAAUUUGCUGUGUUGAAUGUUGAAAUAGUUGUAAUUAGAAGGAGCCUUUGUUUGCCAAGCUGCCUGUGGUGGCACACAACAAUCCAGUCGGCACGCUGAGCUAGCACUCUGGAAAUGAAGCCACAAAUAUCAGUUGGAGUUUUAAUGGAAUAUUGCUUUAUGAUUAUAAUUGUAUUCUGUGAAAAUGAUUGUCGAAUUUUCAAAGUAGAUGUACUGCCCUUUGGUUGCUGCAGUUCUGCAACCACUACACUACCUAAUUUUAAACAGCUUUACGAAGAAGACCAUAGUGGACUAUUGAAAGAUAUACAUCAUACUUAGCUCAAUUAAAUGCACAUACUUUACUAAGAAAGAUAUUUGAAAACAUAAGAAGAAUAGAAUAUUAACAAAACAAAAUGCUUUCCAAAUAAUUCCUCGAGACCUUAUGUCUUAAAAAAUAGUAUAUUUAGAAUUAGAGCAAAACAUAGAGUUUGCAUCAGUUUCAAACAAAGACCCAGGGUAUGUGUUGAUGUGAUAUCAGCACCCCCCCCUAUGAUCUCUACUGAGAAGCCACAUCCCUUCCUGUAAGUGGUUGAAAUGAACUCAGCCAUUCAGCUCCGUGCAGAUUGCUUGGCUUUUUAAGUAGAUCAGGUUCCAGUUGAUAUUUAGAGCUACCACAAUGGUCUGACUGUUUUGCCUCAAAAGAUAUCUCCUGUUUCGUAGUCACGCCCUAAACUCAAGGGACAAUGUACAAAAUGCAGGGCAUUAUGCACAAACUCCAUGCCCACAUUAUUUAAAGCUGCCUCUAUGCUUCUUUCUGUUGGUUGAAUCUGUCACGCAUGUCGUAGUUGUGGUCACACCCCAAUCAGCUAAGUCACAGCAGGAGUCGCCUUCGAGAGAUGAUGGAAAACACCUGCUGUGACAUCACUGAUUGGACUGCGGCCAAAAGUGCUGUUCAGUGCACAGAGAGCGGCGAGGCAGUGGUUUUCUGCCCCGUGUGAUUAACUGUGGGUUCAGAUGAAAGCAUUAGCUGUGAGCACUAAAUGGGUUGAAGUCAUUUUAAUAGGAUGCGGGUUAUUAGCAGAUUUUUUUAAAAUGAUGUCAUCCAUUGUGGAGCCAGUGAAACUUUAGCUGGAGUAGUUCAAACCUCUUGGAUCAGGACAUAAUUAUUAUUGUUUACAGAUGAGCUCUCACUCGAUUUAGAUUCUUUGAAUUCAUUGGCAGGACCCAAAGAGCUAAUGGUAAACCUUUCUUUAUCAGGAAAAUCUAACCAAUGAUUUUUACCAAACGUCUUGUUUGCUUUAGAGGUUUUGUUUGCUUUAAGCUGCAAGGGAACGCAGCCCCUGUCCUAUCUCGUUUAUGCAUCACAACACCGAAGCCAAACUGCCAUUGGUUUAUCUCGCCGGAGAUCAAGGUGACUUUGAUGUGCAUUAUCCAAUCACAUUCCUUCCUCGCUCCCACUGUGCAAGCAGCUCGUCAAUUACCCUGUUGCACUGUAGAAACGCGAUGCAACUUUUCAAUGUUUUAUCAUUUGUGGGAGUGAGAUCUAUUUAUCAGAAAUUCCUUUCUAUAGGCAGUAUAAUACUACAUAUUUGUAUGUGUUGUUUUUUCUGUGUCAAAGUGUCCACCUUAACUCUAUUGUACAUAUGCAGAUAAUAUUAUGUUUUGGGAUUUAUUGUUUGGUUUGUACAUGACGGCUUAUUUGCACACCUACCUCUCCAGAACCCCCCCCCCAAAAAAAA